AUGUUCACUUAUAUUAAUAGAAAAGUCAAACAGGCUGCACAGUUUCCCUAUACAAGCACACAAAACAUGCAGAAAAUUGCAGAUGAGGUCUUAGAAGGGCUUUCAGAAAAGCCUAAAGUUUAUUUUACGAGAAAUUUAGUAUUUUGCUAUAAGGAUAACUCAGUCAAUGUUUUAUAUGAAAAGCAUACAGACCAAAUCAGAGUGUGCAGAAAUUUGAUUAAAUCAGAAGAAGACCUGAGAGGGAGCUUGGAAAGAGAAGUAAAAUGAAGGGAAGAUUUUAGAAGCGGAUUGCAUAAAAGCAAUGACGCAGAAGCAAGAUCAUUAAUUAGUGCCUGCAAGGCAGAAAUGAGAAAUAUUAAGGACUUAGAUGAAACCACAAGAGAAGAAGGCGCGAAACUGUGCAGUAAAUUAUAUGCAAAAGUAAAAAUUUCAAAUAAAGAAGGCAGAAGGGUGGACUCAUGACAUUUCUACACAAGAUCGCUCAUUGAAGACAAUUGGUACUCUUACUCCAAUUAA